ACUACCAAUUCUCCAACUACUACUACUACUACUACCACUACUCCAACUAUUACUACUACUACCAAUUCUCCAACUACUACUACUACUACUACCACUACUCCAACUACUACUACUACUACUGCUGCCCUGGAGUGUUUGAAUGGAGGGGAAGACCAGAACGGCGUCUGUAUCUGCCCUGAUGGCUAUAGUGGACCAACAUGCUCAGUUGGUAAGAACAACACUGGACCAACCUUCAGACCGCCACCUGUCAAUGAAACUGAUCAACUAUGACUGACUUCCUAGAAAACGUCUGUCAAGCUAAUACAACCGGUAACUUCACCUUCCCACAAACCUCCAUCGGCUGGUUCGCGUACUCAAAGGAAGUUUGUCCUCCACAUACCAGCGCUGCUGGUAAACCACGGGCGUCUGUCAGAUGUGUGUCCAUCAAUGGAUUUCUGGCUUUUCAGGAUCUAAAGGAGCUCGAGUGCGACCAGACGCUCAGCGACAUACAACAAAAUCUCAACAGUACAGAGGAUUUAGAGACACUGGCGUCCAGUACUCAGAUUCUGACAUCUACACCUGAAAACCUGACAGCUGAAGAAGUGACGACGGCAGUUCAGAUUACCAACACUCUGCUACUAUCCCCGAACGCCUCAGAGAGCGUCAGGGUGGCUGCAGUGGCCACGGUUAGCCAGCUACUGAACGCCAGCCUACCAGACAACGCUGAGGCCCAGGAAUCCGCCCUGCAACUCACAGGGACUCUGGACGAACUCUCUGUGAACCUCAACUCGUCUCAGGUGGUCCAACCAAACCUGGUGGUGCAGUCGACCCAGGUUCCUGCAGGGGACACCCAGGGAGUCCAGUUCACCUCACUUUUAGGGACAUCUGGGAGCUUUGUGUCUGAUAGAAUUGAGCUGAACACCAACACGUCAGAGGCCACAGUGGGAAAAGACUUCAUAGCCGACGUCCUAAUUUACAUCCGCUUUCCUGCAGAGAAACCUGUCCGUCAGAAUCCGUCCAACAUGUCUCUGGGUUUCGUUCUCUACCAGAACGACCGUUUCUUCCAGUCAAAACUCUACAGGAAGAGCCAGGCCACCAUCAGGGUCCUGUCGGGCAGGGUCAAAGGCAAGGACGGCGACGUGGUGCCGCAACGCGUUGACCUGAUGUUCAGACCCAAGCUGAUCAACGGGACGACUCUGCACGACUUCUCCUGUGUUUUCUGGGACUACACCCUAAAGGACUGGAGCACCGUCGGCUGCUGGAAAGGAAGCUCUUCAGAUGGACUGAUGAGAUGUUCCUGCAACCACACCACCAACUUCGCUGCUCUCUGGUCCUUCAAAGAGGACUACCAGUACACAGAAGCCUUGAGUGCCAUCUCCAUCGUGGGACUUUCCUUUUCCAUCCUGGGCCUGGUUGUUACCAUCAUUCACCACCUCACAGAAAGCUUCUACAGGAAGUCUGGGGAUCGUCAGAACAACCUGAACUCAAAGCUGGCUCUGCUGAGUAUCUGCGUUUGUCUGCUGGCCUUCAUCAUCACGUUCCUCUCCGGGGUGAACAACGGGCCGACGGAGGCCGGUGACAAAUCCAACGAGACCAACGAGAUCAAUGAGACCAACGAGAUGCUGCACACGGACCACUACAAGGACCCAGACCAGAGACGGGUCUGCACGGCGGUGACGGCUCUGCUCCACUUCUUCCUGUUGGCCACCUUCACAUGGACCAGCAUCUACGGGACUCAGCUGGUGCUGCUGGUCCGGACCCUGGCUCGCAGUCUGCCAGCACACUGGACGCCCCUCAGCCUGGUGGUGGGAUUUGGAGUCCCAGCUGUCAUCAUGGCCGUCACCCUGGGAGUAACCUACUCUAUGGAGAACCCUCUGGGAUACAGACAGGAGGAAUUCUGCUGGCUUGCAGCUCUAGACAACUGCAAAAAGUUUGAUUUCAGCAAGCCCAUGUUCUGGGGCUUUGCGCUCCCGGUCGGUCUGAUCUUGGUCUACAACACGGUGCUGGUGGUCCUGGUCUCGAUGACCACCUGCAGGACGGACCCCAGACUUACCAGCACUAGGAGCUGGUCUCUGAGGAAGAAGAUGCUGGUUUGUUUCUCUCUGGUGGUGAUGCUGGGUCUGUCCUGGACUCUGGGUUACCUGCUGCUCCUCCUCCACGUAAUGAAUGAUGAAGCCUACCUGUUCUUAAACAUCUUGUUCUGCCUCUGCACAACCACACAAGGCUUUCAGAUUUUCAUCCUGUUCACCGCACGAACCCCGACUUUCAGAGCCAUGGUUCUGCGUUCACUCCAACGAGUCUCCUCCAUCAGCAUCUCCUUCAACAAGGUGACCUACCACCUGUGGAAGUUCUCCCUCAAGUCCACCAGCUCUGAGGUCUACAGGGACAUCAAGGACACUGCAACUGGUUCUACUGGACUCCACUCUUUUACUUCUUCUACUGGAUCUGCUGGUCCUAAAGCAGUCUUUACUGAUCCUAAGCAGUCUAAACUACUCUAAACCAGUCUUUGAUAAUUCUACACCAGUCUAAGCCAGUAUUUACUGGUCCUACACCAGUCUAAACUCCUCUAAACCAUCUUUGAUAAUCCUAACCAGUCUAAACCAGUGUCUACUGGUCAGUCUUUACUGAUCCUGAACCUGAUUCCAGAAACUUACUGAUGGUAACUUGUUUGUGUUGUUGUUGUUUUUUGUUCAAUGUAUUUCUACUGAUUUUUUUUCAGAAUAAACAUAAUGCACUAAGAGUGAA